GGUACUGCCACUGGAUCAACAUCACAGCCUUUCCUCCUGAGCUGAUCUUGGCUAGCGCAGGAUAUGUCCUAAAAGGGAAUGCAAGUUGUUGAAAAUACACGUAAGUUUCAGAAACAUCUUGAACAUACAGAUUAUGGCGCAGAAAGUAAGAACGAACUCGGCGCAGCAUACAACAUGAUAGAAAGGGAACAAGUAUGAAUCGAUUCAAUAUAUAUUCCUGUCUGAAUCCUACCAUGGUUGGUCCGCAUCUGGACACGAAAUCAACAAUCGCGAUCUACAAUCGAUGAAAGCCUCCACCAAACUACAGUGUAUCAUUCAACCGCUCAACAGCGUCUUCAUCCAACCAAUCCAUAAGAUCCUAAAACCAUUCCUCUGCCAUGAGUAAAUACAUCUCCCGCCUCCUCUCCUCAUCCUCCAACGGACCUCCGGCAACCUCAACUUUCUCAAUCCGCCCCUCACCUCACCUCCCAUCCCACAUCGUCGUCCAUCCCCUCGGAUACCCCGCCGACGUCCCACCAAUAUUCACAAUCGUCACCUCAAAAUCAAAACCCAACGUCUCAGUAUUCCGCGGCCAUCCAAUCCCAGAAAACAGAAUCGGAGAUGCUAUCAUGCACACCUUCUCCUCGACCAUCAAUCUUAACCAUCGCGGACAGACGGCGACGUUAAGGGAGGGUUCGUUAUCGGGGAACUUCACGCUCGUUUCUCCUGCGGGGAAGUUCAAAUGGACGGUUAAUCAGAUCACGGGGAGUGGAUGGGAAUUGAAAGAUGCUGCGGUGAUGAAAUUGGCGUCGAUGAGAUCUGCGGGGUUUCCGGGCUCUGGAGAGAGGAAGUUGGAGUUGUUUGUUCCUUGUGAUGAUCUGUUUCUGGAGUUGAUAGUGCUUUCGGCUAUCACAGCGAAGACUUCGCAGAAGGAUACUGUAGAAGCUGUUGGGGAAGUUGUAGGCGCGGUGGUUGGUGCAUAGAUCAGAGUUGAAGUUGCUCGGUAUUUGAAUUUGGGAGGCUGGAGUUGGUAUAAAUAUUUGAACCUGUGUUUCUGUUGAAAACCACAUCGAGAUUUCCC